AUGCGUUUCUCCAGCUUCCUCCCUCUUGCCCUCGUUGCGGCAGCUUCCGUUGCGGUGGCCCGUCCUGUUGAUGAUUACAUGUUCUUUGCUCGCAACGAUGGCGAGCAAGCUCUGUCGGAGCGCGAUCUCAAGAUCCUCGACCACUUCGCGCGGGAGUAUCUAGCGGCCCGCAGCGACGCUGACCUCUAUCUGGAGGCACGCGAGGACUUCGAUCCCGUCGACCUCCUCGAACGGGAGUAUGUCGAGUCCGAACUGGUCGCUCGUGCCAGCCCCCUCUACCAGCCACAGCGCGGACACUACAAGACGGUCGGCGGGCAUGAUAAGACGUCACCGUGGCGUGAGUGGAACCGCAGGAUGGGCCACGCGAGGAUGAAAAUAAAGGCGGCGGUCGACAGCGAAUUGGAGCAGCAGGGUGGAUCACAGGGUGUGCUAAGCAAGCUGUUCAGCAAGAAGAAGCAGUAG